GAGAAUUCAGAAGUCAGUUCUCCCAGAGCUUGAAGAGCCAUGGAUGGGGAAUUCUCCCUAGAAAGCUACUUAGACCAAUGCACAAACCAGGAUGACCUUCCAUCCAUCAGCCCACAAGGAUUCCCUCCCAUGAGCCCUUUUACGACUGACAUGCCCAUGUCUCCGACCUUGGACAUAUCAUUCGGUUCCCAGGCUGAUAAAAUCAAAGAUUUCUCUUCAGUGGACCUCAGCUUCCUACCGGACGAUUUGGACCGGAAUAGCAAAGAGGACAAUGGGGACAACAUGCUGAGAGAGGAACAUGGGGCUCAGCUGGAGAUGCCAGAGAAUGGGUUGUUUUUGGACAGCGGCAGUCCAUCUCGGCCGAGGGAUGGAAAUGCAGCUCAGCCCUCGUCUGAUUCCUUGGGGGGCUUCUUCCCUGUGACCCCAAUGACUCCUAUGACGCCAACCUCCGAAAGUUCAGGCAUCGUUCCCCAAUUACAGAAUAUAGUGGCCACUGUCAACUUGGCUUGCAAGCUGGAUCUCAAGAAUAUAGCCCUUCAUGCCAGAAAUGCAGAAUACAACCCCAAGAGGUUUGCUGCUGUGAUCAUGAGAAUCAGAGAACCAAGAACGACUGCUCUUAUAUUUAGUUCCGGCAAAAUGGUCUGCACGGGAGCAAAAAGCGAAGAGCAGUCCCGGCUGGCCGCCCGGAAGUACGCUCGCGUGGUGCAGAAACUCGGCUUCCCGGCGAAAUUCCUAGACUUCAAAAUCCAGAACAUGGUUGGCAGUUGCGACGUGAAGUUCUCCAUCCGGUUGGAAGGCUUGGUUCUCACUCAUCAGCAGUUCAGCAGCUAUGAACCGGAACUGUUUCCGGGCCUCAUCUACAGAAUGGUCAAACCGAGGAUUGUCCUGCUGAUCUUUGUAUCGGGAAAAGUCGUAUUGACCGGUGCCAAGGACCGUUCCGAAAUAUACGAAGCCUUCGAAAACAUCUACCCGAUCUUGAAAGGUUUCAAGAAAUCCUCUUAAUUUUGAAACAAACAAUGCAAAAUGAACAUAUAGGUUUGUAUAUGUUUGACUGACCACAUCUUCCACUCUGUACUAAAAAAAUGCUCUUUACGUGUAAAAUAUGAUAUGUAACAAAUACAUACACAUAUAUAUCUCUGUAUAUUGAUACAGAUAUAAAUCCCAGCUCUUGUUGAAAUACUAGAGAAGCUUGAGUUAGUAUUUUUGAAAUAAAUAUAAUUUUAAAAAACUGU